AUGAAGAGGCGGAACCUGUCAGGUCUGACCGGGCUGCAGAAUCCUGGACUGGAACUGGAGUUGAUGGACAGAACCAACAUGAUCCAGCUGCAGGUGGUGGUCCAGGAAGGGAAGCUGGACCUCAUCAUGAAUCCCGUCUUCCUCAAGCUGAUUGAGGUCAAAUGGAAACUCUACGGCAGAUUGGGGGCAUGGCUUCUCCUUUUACUCAACUUCCUGUUCAACAUUUCCUGGACAACUGUUGCCAUCUCUGUGUCUGUCCGCCGAGACUCACCUGAUCGCUAUGUCCUCCCCCAGGACUGGUGGCGUGUCCUCGUCGUCGUCCUGGCGCUGCUGCUGACCCUGGAGGAGGUGCUCAGGGAGCUCCGUGACAUCUGGCAGUCGAGGAGGAAGCUCCGCCUCUGGCGUCGCUGGGCAAAGCGUCGUCUCCAUGACGAUCUGCGCUGCUCACAUCCCAUGUGGCCUCAGGUGGAGUCCAAGUACAGCGGUCUGGCUGAGGAUGAUAACGGUGACGAAGACCAGAGAGACGAAACAGACACCACGAACAAAAACCAGCAACUGAAUAAACAACUGCUGGAUCACUUCCGACACCUGGCUGUGACCAACCAGGACACUGACCAGGUGGACCUUCAGUUCCUCGAUGAGGUCAUCUCAGGUGGAGCCGAUCCAAACAGUUCAGACAGAUUUGGACAAACCGUCCUGCACGAGAUCUCCAGGGCGUGGAGUGUGGAUGUGAUGCGGUUCUUCUUGGGCCGCGGUUCUGACCUCCUUCGCCCGGAUCAGUUCGGUGUCACAGCGCUGCAUGUGGCUGCGGCCCUGGACUACCAGGACAUGGUGCAGUUCCUGUUGGACCAGAAAGGUGCCGACCUGGAGGCUCGGACUCGCCUGGACCAGCAGACACCACUUCACUAUGCUGCCAAGAACGACGCCGUGGGAUCCAUCAGGCUGCUGCUGCAGGCCGGAGCCGCCAUCAGCUGCACCGACUACAAACUUAGGACGCCGCUGCAGCUCGCCGCCAACCUCGGGCGCAGUGAAGCAGCUCGCCUGCUGCUGGAGCUCGGGGCGGAUGCAGGGAUGAAGGACGCUGACGGACAGCUCUGUAUAACUGCUCUGAUUGGUCAGAUGAGUCCAAUGGCUCAGCUGGCGCUCACACAGUUCACCGUGACAGACAGAAUAACCAGGCAGCAGUACUUCUACCUGAACCUGCUGGAACCAGAACCACAACCAGAACCACCUGAGGACCACCUGAACGUCUGUGACUGGCUGGUUUACUGUCUGCUGACGGCGUCCUUCAGCGUCCAUCUGGUGGACGUGUUGCGUCCAUCCGCCCGUCUUCACACCAUCAGUCUGCGUCUGUUCUCCAUCACCGUCAUCUUCCUGUGGCUGCGGCUCAUGAAGCAUGUCAGAGCCUUCCGGCUGAUGGGUCCGUUCAUCGUCAUGUUGGGAAACAUCGUGGAUGACGUGAUGCGCUUCCUGUUCCUGUAUGCCGAGAUCUUCAUCCCGUACGCCUGCAGCUUCUGGAUCAUCUUCGGAGGUCAGAUUCCCAGCAUGCAGUCUGUCUCUGGCCUCCUCUACAGUCUGUAUCGCAUCACGCUGGUGGAUGAAUACGAAUACGCUGCCAUGGUGACGGUGGAUGAUGUCAUGGCUCCUCUCCUCUGUGGGACGUUUCUGGCAGCUUCCUCCAUCUUGUGUGUCAACCUGCUGAUUGCCCUGCUGUCUGACACCUUCCAGAGGAUCCAUGAUAACUCCAAGGCUAAUGCAGUGAUGCAGCAGGCUGCAGUAAUCCUGCAGGUGGAGGACUCGAUGCCCCUCCUCCGUUAUUUCUAUGACGACCGGUUCGUGUCCAAUCGCUGCUCUCCGCUGGUUGCUGCCUGUGAUGAUGACAUCACCACAUUCCCCCGUUACCAUGACGAGAUGGGACGCAUCACAAUGGAGAUCAAGGACACUCUGGACCGGUUCCUGGUCCUUCAGAGGGAUGCCGAGACGCUCCGAGGCUCUGGAUUCCACAUAGGCCAGGAGCUGCAGAACCAUCAGCUGGAGAACCAGGAACUACAGAACCAGGAACUACAGAACCAGAAACUUCAGAACCAGAAACUUCACAACCAGGAGCUGCAGGACCAGGAAAUUCAGAACCAAGAGCUAGGAGGGAAGAUGGCGGCGGCCCAGACCGACAGAGACCCACCGUCCGCUUUAUGCUCCGAGUUCCUCAGUUUCUCCGCCAAAGACACCGCGUCGCGGUGGCUGGCGGCGGGCGACCUGCAGCAGGAGGUGUACCGUCACCUGGCCGUUUAUUGGCUUCUGCUGGGGGAGGAGCCUGCUACCGGCCUGGCGCUGCUGCAGGAGAACAACCAGCCGUCACCGCUGUGUGGACACGUCUUCAAGGUGGGAGAGCCCACCUACUCCUGCAGGUACCUGACGCACACCUGGACAGAUGCUAACCAGGUGUGUGUGUUUAGGGAGUGUGCUGCCGACCCCACCUGUGUCCUCUGCAUGCAGUGCUUCCUGGGCAGCGUUCACAAAGAGCAUCGCUACAGGAUGACCACGUCUGGAGGAGGAGGGUUCUGUGAUUGUGGAGAUGCUGAGGCCUGGAAGAACGGACCUUACUGUCAGAAACACACUGCAGAUGGAACCAGGGACAGAGAGGAGGACCCCGUGUCCCUGCUGCCUCCUGACCUGGUUGCCCGCAGCUACAGCAUCUUCUCCAUCAUCCUGAAAUAUGCUGUGGACCUGCUGACCUGGGAGCAGGAGGAUCUGCUGCCUGCAGGGCUGGAGCCUCCGUACGUACACGCAGUGAUCUACACGCUACAGAAAGCUGUCAACUGCAGCCAGAAGGAGGCGGUCAGCUUCGCCACCACUGUGGACCGAGACGUCAAGUACCUGCAGUAA